AAAGUUAACGUCUGUAUAGUAUUUCUGUCGAUCUAACUACAUUUUAACGCACAUAUUUAAUCGUCGCUUUUUUCAAGCUCAUUUAUCCGUGGUACGAGUCUAAAUGUUGUGCGUCUUCAAGCGGGUGUACUGUUGAAUUAAACUGGUGUGCUAAGCUAGUUGGCUAAUGUUUAAUUCAAAUUUGUUUAAUAUUAAAUGUCCGAUCAGAUUUAUUGAUACACUUUUUCUUUUUGUAAUUUAAUCAUACUUUAAUCAAAUACUAUAACGUUAUAUACUGUUUAUAUAAGUUUUAUACUUGAUAUACUAACACUAAACUGAAAUAACGUUUUUAAUGUCUUAAUACAGGGUUUCAUUACGACAAUUACAGGACAGACACUAGUUUAAGUCUUUGUUGAACAAGAUAAUCUUCACCCUGGCUCUUCCUUGCAUUGAUGGAUGUUACCGUCCCAAACAAGAAAAUGAAUUUAUCCAUACAGUCCUUGAGGAACUGGAACGCUUUCAGCAGAGACAUGACCAGAAAAGUGUCCUGCUCUUCCCACCUCUCCCGAGCCGACUUCGUUUUCUGACUCACAAAACUGCUGAAAACCACCCCAACCUCAGCACGUUCUCUGUGGGCGAGGGCUGGUCCCGUAGGGUCGUAGUGUGCUGUUCCAAUGUCAGGCUGGAUUCACAAGAGGAUAGUAGUGACACAGAGGGUAUUUCUCAUGUUCGAGCAAACAGUCGGGGCAGGAAAAUGGAGGACAAAGGCAACAGUCGACCAAAGGUGCCUAGAUCCAAGAACAGACGAGACGACAGAAGGCCAGACAAGCAUAUUUAUGUUCCACUGGCUAUGAGACCGAAGGGGUCUGAAAACUCGACAGAUCUGGAGCAGCAGAAUCUGAACCCAUCAUCAGAGGAAACCAGAUCUGACAUUGUGGACAGACCACUUGUAGCCAAUGAGAAACCAGGGGCGGGCAGUAAUCACCAAUCACUGGAUGAUCAGGAGUUUGUGCUGCUUUCAAGGUCUGGACCAUCUCCGUGGCCUCCUGACUGGGACCGGACAGUGUCUGCCAUCAUGUCUUUGACAUUAGAUGACCAAGCAGAUGAAGAUUGUUUUGACAACUCAGAUGCAACCAUCCAGCCAAAGAGCAGUUAUGAAACUGAAAAAUUGCACUCCGAGAUCAAAGCCAACCUGAAACAUGGGGACAUCGUCAUAAAGAACACUUGCCAUGAUUACUCGGGCUAUGCAAAUAUCUGGCUCAAUCAAGAGGAGUUUGCACAUGUUAUUGAGAUCUAUGACUUUCCCGCCAUGUUUAAAACAGAUGACCUCCUCGAUGCCUUUGACGGCUGCAGUGAGGGGAGGAUGAAGAUCAAGUGGGUGGAUAACACUCAUGCACUCGGCAUAUUUUCAAGUCAAUCUGCAGCUACACAGGCUCUCUUUCUUAAGCAUCCUUUACUAAAGGCCUGCACUCUCUCAGAAGGAAGCCAGAAAGCAAAGUGGAAAGCAAUCAGACAAGCAGAGUUUAUUCAGCCGGUGAAAGAGAGGCCACGUACAGACACAGUGGUAGCUCGCAGGAUGGUGACCAGAGCGCUGGGUUUGAGAGGAGGCUCAAGGGGGAAACGCUUCUGACUCUCAAUGAAAACGCCUUACAGAAUUCCAUUUCACAUUUAGACUACACUGUUUUUGUUUUUUAAAUUGACAGAAUUCUCUGCAACAUUAACCUAAGCAACUGCUACACCACCGAAAGCAAACCUGGCCAUUAAAUGUCAAGAACAACAGCCGAUAUGUACCAUUCCUCCUUUUGUACCAUUCCCACAGAUGUAUAUAUAAGAGCACAAAGAAAGGAAAGGCUAUGAAUAAGCUAUGCAUCUUUUUUAUGGUUUUAUGGCAUAUGUGGAAAUGCUCAAACAUAGGUGUCCAUAAAAUGUAUGUGGCAUCCCACAAGUGUUUCGGUUUUGUUUGAAUUUUCUCUGCCCUUCUGUGCUUUCUCAUACUCAUUUAAAUGAGUUUCUUUCUUGUUUUUUAAGCGUAAAAUGUGGCUUCGUUAACUCGCUUGUUUGCUUUAGCCUGCUCUGUUUUUCCAUACCUGGGCUUUAAACACUGCAAUUGAUCUCAUGUUUGGGAUGUGUCAUUUGCGAUUGGAAUGGAGACCACCUGUUUUUUUUUUUUUUUGGCACAUCAGAUAUUUAAGACUAGUAGUAUUUGCAGAUGUACAGCAGAAUCUAGAGAAUUCCUUAUUAUUGCAACUGGUU